AGCUUCCUGGUUGUAAACUGCCUGAGAGUGCUGACAGCCAGUCAACUUCAAAAGCAGCCAGGAAAACCUUUCUUGCUAACUUUGGGAAGGAAUUCAAAAAUGCUGAAAGGUGCAGAUGAUGUUCUUAUGGAGCAUGAGGACUCUGCUUCCCAGCAUGGAGAAAUGACAAAUUGGGAUAUCAAUGACAUCAAACUUCCCCAGGACGUAAGACAGAUAGAUGGGUUUCAAGAAUGGCCAGAUUCCUAUGUAAAGCAUAUCUAUAGCUCAGAAGAUAAAAAUGCUCAGAGGCACCACAGCAGCUGGGCAAUGAGAAACACCAACAACCACAACUCUCGCAUCUUAAAAAAGUCCUGCCUUGGGGUGGUGGUCUGUGGCAAUGACUGCUCAACCUUGGAUGGGAGGAAGAUCUACCUAAGACCAGCCAUAUGUGAUAAAGCAAGGCAAAAACAACAGCGAAAAUGCUGUCCAAACUGCAGUGGGCCCCUGCGGCUCCUUUCCUGCCGAGGCCACGGGGGUUACCCGGUUACCAACUUCUGGAGGCACGAAGGACAAUUCAUAUUUUUUCAGUCCAAAGGAGCUCAUGACCAUCCACGUCCAGAAACAAAAUUAGAAGCAGAAGCAAGAAGAUCAAUCCAAAAAGCACAAACAGCUUUUUCUCCAUCUUCUCCAAGAUUACAAAGAAUACAGGAGAUUGAGUCUCUGACAGGUGCAGUGCCGACACAGGAGGCUCUGCCUUUACUUCUCUCCAAGCCAGAUGCUUACCCGCUACCAGAUAAUUUCAGGGGACACAUAAGCAAAAGCUCCCGGGAGCUGGUGCUGGGCAGCUGCUCUGGGUGGCUGCCAUACUCCAGAACCGGGGAGGACAUGGGCUCCGGAGAGGGAGGCCCCUGCCCUAUGGCAAGUGGGACACAGCAUCAUGGACAGCUCUCGGCACCUCUGAAGGGAAGUGAAGGACAUGAGGGUGAGGGAGGGCGCCACGUGGGUCUCAACUACUGCAAUGACGACGUGUUUUUUAACCUGUACCCAUUACGGUGA